UGGGCCGAAGGGCCUGCACUGUGCUGUACUGCUCUAUGUUGGAAAGAAGGGUUAUACCCGAAACGUUGACUGCUCCUUUCCUUCUGGUCUGCUGUGGUCUUCCAGCCCCCUGUUUGUCUGUCUGCCUUGGAUUCCAGCAUCUGCCGUUUCUUUUCUGCCUCUAACACAGGGCUGUCCAGUGUCAGGUACCUGAUAGUCCCACCCCCAGAUCGUGGGGCUGUAGUUGGUGCAAAGCGAGGUGGCUCAGUCCCUGGUUGGCGGCUGCUUCUGUCUAUCAAAAGGAGAAUCAAUAUACAAUAAGAGACACCCAAACCUGGUCUCGGAUCAGAGACUGUGGAGGCUCCUGGAGCUGACCGGAAGCCAGAAUCUACGGCUCUCGUUGCUGUGUGUCAACUUGUGUGUUUUAGUUUUUGUUUAACAAUUAGGAGAUGUUUGGCCUUUGCCUUGCGACAGAAGCAGUAGCUCAGGCGGGGGAAGGAUGAGCGCAGACCCGGCGUGCUGGAGAGCCCCCGCCGCUGAACGAGUGCAGCUCGAAUUUCCGAGCGGCGCAAGACGGACCGAAUGGAGUUCGCUCAAGUUUGCGUGUUGCUGGCGGCGCUGCUAGCGCACAGCGCAAUCCCCCGGGUGCUGUGUAUGGUCCCUGCCUGUGAGAUUAUGCUGAGGGUCACACAGCUACAACAGGAAUGUUUCCUGAAACUGAGUACAGACAAUCAGAGUUCAGAGACAGGAUGUCGAGGAAUGUGGGACAACCUCACAUGCUGGCCAUCAGCACAGGUCGGGGAGAUUGUGGUCAUGCCUUGCCCAUUGCUGCCUGCACUUUUCCUGGACGUGGAAGCUAACGUCAGCAGGAACUGCACGAGCCAGGGUUGGGCCAGUCUCUCGAUCCCAUACAUCCUGGCCUGUCGAUACAACAACACCGCCGUGCCAACUGUCAAAGAGAGGGAUUUCUAUCAAGCUGUGAAGACCGGUUACACCAUUGGGCACAGCUUAUCCCUCGGUGCUCUGAUGACUGCGAUUAUUAUCCUUUGCAUUUUCAGGAAGUUGCACUGUACACGGAAUUAUAUCCACAUGAAUUUAUUUAUGUCCUUCAUCCUGAGGGCCAUCGCUGUCUUUAUCAAAGACCUUGUCUUGUUUGAAGCUGGCGAAUCAGAUCAUUGCUUUACACCCUCGAAUGGUUGCAAAGCAGCAGUGGUGUUCUUUCAUUACUGCAUCAUGGCAAAUUUCUUCUGGCUCCUGGUGGAAGGUCUCUACUUGCACACGUUACUGAUUAUUUCGUUCUUCUCAGAGAGAAAGUACUUCUGGUGGUACAUACUUAUUGGCUGGGGGACUCCAAUGCUGUUUAUUGUCACCUGGACCAUUACUCGAGUACAUUAUGACAAUGAAGGAUGUUGGCUCAAUAUUGACUCUCCGUACUGGUGGAUCAUUCGGGCUCCCAUUCUGGUCUCUAUCUCGGUAAACUUUAUUCUCUUCAUCUGUAUCAUUCGAAUCCUGGUUCAAAAACUCCACUCACCAGAUGUUGGGCUCAACGAUAUCAGUCAAUAUUCGAGGCUCACAAAGUCAACUCUUCUGCUGAUUCCCCUUUUUGGAAUCAAUUACAUCGUAUUUGCAUUCUUCCCAGACAACUUUGAAGUGAAAAUAAAGCUAGUUUUUGAUCUCAUUCUCGGGUCUUUUCAGGGUUUCAUUGUAGCCGUGCUGUACUGUUUCCUGAAUGGAGAGGUUCAGUCGGAGCUGAAGAGGAAGUGGAGGCGAUGGCAUGUUGAGAGGUACGUGGGAGGAGACCUGAAGUACCACCAUCCGUCCAUGGGCAGCAAUGGCACCAACUGUGCCACCCAGGUCUCAAUGCUUACCAAGUGCAGUCCUAAGACACGAUCGUUGAGCUUUCAAGCCGAGUCUUCCACUGCGUAGCGUGAGGCACCUCAACUUCCAGGGUUUGAUCGAACAUUAAAUCUCACGCUAUCCUGAGGAGAAACCCGACAAAAAGAAAUGAUACAGCGAAGCUUCGUAACACCGAGUUGACUUGAUACCCGACAUUCCUGAGGAAAUGAAGCACAUCUUCCCAAAAAGUGGAUAUUGAUCAGUAUUCUGUGUCUAAGAAUUGCACUGCUUAAAAAAAGUGGGGGCAACCAUCUUGAGAUGGGGCAAGAUUGGCUUUGCAUUUGAUGGACAAUCACAGGAAGCCACAUCUCAAAGAUUUCAAUGAUUGACAAAUUGACAAAGGUAAAUUAUUGUAUCGUUGCACAGUUUUUGCGGAACUCAAUCCUCAAAUUCUCUCCCUACGACCAACUGCCUCUGUACCUUAUUUUCCCCCUAUCAGACACUCCUUAAAACCUACCUCUUUGGCUGAGCUUUUAGUCAUCUUCCCCGAUGUCCCAUGUGUAGCGUUGAGUCAUUUUUUGCUUUCUAAUGCUCCUGUAAAGCACCUUACAGACAUAGAAAAUAGGAGCAGGAGCAAGGUAAUGAUCUCCUAUAAUCUGUUCCAUCAAGCAGAAGAUGCAGAAGCCUGUGCACACGCACAAACAGAUUCAGGAACAGCUUCUCCCUGGCCAUUAUCAGACUGAUGAAUGGACUCUCUAGCCUCAAAUAAUGUUGAUCUUGCAAACGUUGAUCUCGCCUAGUGCACACACUGUGCAAUAUAACCUGUAUGCCUUUGUCUAAGUUGUUUUGAUCUGUACAUCGUUGCUUACUGUGAUCUGCCUGUACUGCUUGUAAACAAAGCUUUUCACUGUGCUACGGUACACGUGACAAAAAAUCAAUCAAUCAAUAUGAUCAUGGCUGGCUAUCCAACUCACUGUCUCCCCAUACCCUUCAAUCCCUUUAGACCUAAGAAUUGUUUAUCAUGUGAAAGGCACUGUAUAAUUACAGGUUGUUGUCUGUAAACCAGGUUUGAGAUGCCUGUUCUUGAAACAAGAGGCAAGAUCACAGCUUUCUUCUGUGAAAUUCUUUCCAUUUUGAUUAAUCUGUUUUUCCACAAGUUGAUGCCAGUACUGGAGGGUGUCUCACGGGGGGCAUACAAAAUGAAGUUGGGCAAAUUUACCAUCAGGGUAUUAUAGAAACAUAGAAUCCCUACAGUGUAGACACAGGCUGUAUGGCCCAUUGAGUCCACCCAGACCCAUCCCCGACCCUGUCCCUGUAACCCUGCAUUUCCCAUGGCUAAACCACCUAACCUAUGCACCCCUGGGUACUACGGGCAAUUUAGCACAGCCAAUCCACUUAACCUGCACAUCCUUGGACUGUGAGAGGAAACCGGAGCACCCAGAGGAAAUCCACGCAGACAGAGGGAGAAUGUGCAAACUCCACACAGUCCAUUGUGCAGUCCAUGUUUACAGUUUUGAAAAAUUGAAUCUACUUCAGUAAAUAAAACAACUUUAUAGGGAGCAGAUUUUUCUCCUCCUCAACGUGGACUCUCAAUUUAUGCUGGUGAUUUUUUUUUGAUCUUCAAUAACCUUUUAUUCUUUGAUAGGAUGUAAGCAUGACUGACUAGCUAACAUUUGUCCUUGAGAAAGGGACUGGUUAAUGCUGUCAACUCUGGGACUUCAAUUUAGCUAACAAUUGGACUGAUGGGAUCAAAUGUUAUUUUAUGUAUGAAACAGGUUUGAGAAAUCUUAAAAGCAAAAUACUGUUCAUUCUGGAAAUCUGGAAUAAAAAGGAAGGUGCUGAAGAAA